AGGCCGCGCGGCCGGCGCGAUGGAGCAGCAGCAGCAGCAGCAGCAGCAGCAGUUGAGGAACCUGCGGGACUUCCUGUUGGUGUACAAUCGGAUGACGGAGCUCUGCUUCCAGCGCUGCGUGCCCAGCCUGCACUACCGAGCCCUGGACGCCGAGGAGGAGGCCUGUCUGCACAGCUGCGCCGGGAAAUUGAUCCAUUCCAACCACCGCCUCAUGGCCGCCUACGUGCAGCUCAUGCCCGCCCUGGUACAGCGCCGCAUCGCCGACUACGAGGCCGCCACCGCCGUGCAGGGGGUUGCUGCCGAACAGCCUGGAACGUCGCCGUCAGGCAGCUGACCCCCCCGCCCCCGCCCAGCGCUGGGCUAGGUGGCACUGCUGGCAUAUCUAAUAUGAAGGACUGUGGGCUUAUUGAACAGUCGCUUGAGAGCUGGGUAUUGUCGCUCCUUUCCCGGGAGCCAAUAAACCAGUUGUACUGUUUGGUUUAUACUUGAGUGAAGGAAGCAGUGCCCACUUUGGAGACAUCCUUUGUCGUGUCACUUAGUGUGUAUAUGCUGCCUUGAGACUUGAGAAAUCACCUGUGUGUAGAAGCAAAACCAGUAUUCCUGGGGAAGGUGUGAAGGUACAGUGGGUGAUUCCGCAGGAAGUUGCUUUCUGCCCAGAUGACAAAGAAAAUGGAAAAUCCAUUUUGCACUUAUGUCUUUACAAGACUCACUUGUGAACAAGUACACAUUUACUCAUAAAUGUUUCUUAUGGAAUUUUUUUUCAAAAAGGUUUUCUGGGAAGGAGGACAUGACAAAGGGCAACGGAUGGAGAAACCACAGCGCUUAUAAGCACUACAUCCUGGGAAAUCAGUUCCCUAGCACAAGAGAUGAAACCUGGAAGAAGUCUGGGGUGUUGGGGCUGGAGCGAUAGCACAGUGGGUAGGGCGUUUGCCUUGCACGCGGCCGACCGAGGUUCGAUUCCCAGCAUCCCAUAUGGUCUCUCAAGCACCACCGGGAGUAACUCCUGAGUGCAGAGCCAAGAAUAACCUCUGUGCAUCGCUGGGUUUGACCCCAAAAAUGAACAAAACAAAAAAGAAGUCUGGGGUGUUCUGGAACUUCAAACUCUUUCCCCAGCUUGUUACCUUCUUACUAUUUUCUAUCCUCCCAGGAUGAGCAGUUAAAACCCUUAGAAAGCCUGGUGCUUGGAGGUGUAGUUCAGUAGCAGAAUUCUUGCCUUGCAUAUGGGAGGUCCAAUUCUGGGCUCUGCAGAAAAAUAAAAUGAAAACAAACUUUGUUCUUGUUUCACAGGCAUUCAGAAAAGAGAAAAUGGGAGAUACAACUUGACAGGGGAAAACUCAUGGUAACAUUAGAUAGUGAUGUUUUCAGAAAGAAGAAAGGAUAAGCAGAGUCAUUUUGACAACUAUACCUAAGGUUUUGCCCAUGUCUAUGCUCUUGAUACCAGCUGUUCCACUCUUUACCCCACAUGGUUCCCACUGUCUUUAUUACUCUGGUUUCUAAUUCCAGCCUUUCCAUUUUUUCCUUGUUAGAGCCCUCUGCAGAAUUUACUUUUGUUUGUAGUGGUUUGAUUUUUCAGGGGGGUGGGGAUUGGCAGGUGUCAUCUGAUAGGGAUUGGAGGCCACUCUUAGCUUGCUCCUGGAUGUGCUAAGGGACCAUGUGGCCUGUGGGAUUGAAUCUAGGGCUUCCUUAUGUCAAGCAUACACUUCAGCAUUUUUAGGUAUCGUCCCUGCUGUUUUUAGCAGUCUGAAUGGUGCAUCACAUCAUCACUAUAUGUUCUUACUUCCCCAUGUCCCCUUUAAUUGAUUCUUUUGUUCUUAAACACUGCUAGAGAAAAGCAAAACUGCAGUGAAUGCCACUCCACUGAGAAUUGUUUCCAAAUUCAACAAGCCCUUGCUACUAACAGGUUUUGUGGACUCCUGAUCUUCUAGUCCCCCAUCAUAGCAGGCUUUCUAUGUCUUCACUACUUUUUUUUUUUUUUUUGCUUUUUGGGUCACACCCGGCAAUGCACAGGGGUUACUCCUGGCUCAUACACUCAGGAAUUACUCCUGGCGGUGCUCAGGGGACCAUAUGGGAUGCUGGGAAUCGAACCCAGGUCGGCUGCAUGCAAGGCAAACGCCCUACCCACUGUUGCUAUUGCUCCAGCCCCUCUAUCUUCACUACUUUCAAUCCUCUACUUCCCACCUAAACUCUCCAGCUAUAAGGUAACCAUAUUUCUCAUAUAGAGAAAAUAGAAGUUUUUAAACAUUGCUCCCAUAGGCUGGAGCCAUAGUAACAGCAGGUAGGGCUUUAUCCUUGCACGUGGUAAACCCUGGUUUGAUCCCCAGCAUCCCAUAGGGUCCCCCAAGCACUACCAGUAAUUCCUGAGUACAGAGGCAUGAGUAACUCCUGAGAAUUACUGGGUGUGACCUCCCCCAAAAAUAAAUAAACAUUGCUCCCACAGGAACUCCCUGCAUUCACAUACAUAAAGCAGAUAUUUUUCUUUCCUGGCCGAUCAGAAAAUUUUGUGUUAUAUAAUUGCAAAUAUAAAAUCAGCAGUUGUUGCAGUUGGAGAAAUAGCACAGUGGGUAGGGUGUUUGCCUAGCACGAAGCCUACCCGGGUUCGAUUCCCAGCAUCCCAUUUGGUUCCCUGAGCACUGCCAGGCGAAAUUCCUAAGUGCAGAGCCAGGAGUAACCCCUGUGCAUCGCCAGGUGUGACCCAAAAAGCAAAAAUAAAUAAAAUCAGCAAUUGUAGCUGAUACAUUAAAUUCAUGUUUUGUAUGUUGUUUAUUUUGGGGUAGGAGCUUGUCAGGGAUGGAACCCGUGCAUAUGCAAAUACUAAUGCUCAGCAGUAAAAUCUCAGGCCCUUAAAUUCAUGUUCUCACUAUACCAGAUUCCCUUCCAAAAUAAUAACUUGCGCACACGCUGUACAGAUUCUGAUAUUGGCAUAUGUCAUGUUUUUACUUAGUCUUUACAACAAAGCUAUGGAGGGGCCAGAUUAUAAUACAGGAGUUAAGAUAUUUGCCUUGCAUGUGGCUUCCCAAAUUCACCCCAAGCAUUGUAUGGUCCUCCAAGGUCCAACCCUAACAUAAAAUGAAAUCAACCCAGACAUAUUACUACUCAGAUGAAAAGACAAGAAUUCAAGAAACCAAUCCUAUGUACUUACCUACUGAGAAAAAUGACUUCAGUUGCCUUUUGCCUUUUUUUUUUUAACUUAGAAAAUUUUAUUAUUUUUUUUUUUUAGCUUGUGUUGAAAGGUUUGUUGCUGAUCAGGAAGUGACUUCAGGCCUACCUAAUAAAAUUGUUUCAUUGGAAAAUAUAAAUGCAGUACAAACAGUAUUAACUCCCCAAUUCCCUGAGAGAGUAAUGGGGACCUAGGACAUUGUGCUGCUGGUGGGAGAAUUCUCUAGUGUCCUUGAAAAACUUACUAGGAAUUGUUUCCAUGUCACAUACAGAGUAAUUGCUGGAGGAAGGAUAGAAACAUCUGAUUCUAAAGCCUGUGUUCUUUGGGCUUUUGGAGCCUUCUGUUUGCUUGCUCAUUUGCACUGAACCUGUCUCUCAACAUGGUGAAACAGGUACCUCUCUACCUGAUGCAGUUUGUUCCUUAAGUUUUCUAUCUCGUCUUUUUUUUUUUUUAUUUACGUAUGUAUGUUCAAUACUUAGAAGACCUUUAAUCUUAUCAUUUAUCUUCCACAGUCUCUGAAGUCUUAAGUCUUGUCAUAAAGCCAUUGGCAUAAUGAGGACAAAUUAUCCCCUUUACACAAACUCUUUGAACACUUUAAUGAGAGCAGAUUAUCCCCUUUUACACAAACAGGGUUGAUGUGGCUUCAGAAUUUAGCUGCCUGCUCCUCUGGAAAGUCAAUUCCUAUUCAAUUAAGGGAAAGUAGUGGUCCUCCUCUCCUGCAUUACUCUAAAAAGUUAGCACUGGGGUUUCCUUUCUAUCCCUUAACUUUACGUGGACAUUUAGUAUUAUGUCUUAGCCACCCACUCUCAAGUGUAUCCUGAUCAGGGUCAUAGAGGUAUAGCGGGUAGGACUGCUUGCCUGGCAAACAGCGACCUGGGUUUCAUCAUGGCACCGCAUGGUCUCCUGACCCCACCAGGAGUGUUCCUUGAGCACUGCUGGGUGUGGCCCAAAAGACAAAAAUGUGAUCUGUUGUUCUUUUUUCCCUUUUCUCGAUCUGGUCUUAUGGUCAUAGAAUAUAUAGAUUAGAUUUAGCAAUCUUAAAGGUAGGUGUGUUUGUGUGAUUGUGGUGCACUGUUGCCACACAAUGUAAAUAAGGUCUGGGGCUGAGGAUGUGGUUAGAGUGGUGGAGCAACUGCCUUGCAUGUAUGAGGAUCUGAGUUCAUUCCCUUGCACCCCUCGCCCCCCCCACCCCCCCCCACACACACACAGUGGCUGGUUCUGGCCCUGAGGACAUCUGGAAGUGCCUCCCGUAAGAACUGAAAACAAACAAACAAAAAAUUUCAGGACAUACCUCUGUCUUUCUCUGCCCCCUUUUACUACUCGGGAUGGAUCCUGACAUUGAACUCUUGGUCAUGAAGACAGACCACUCCUUUGAGGAGAGCAAAAUAACUAAAAGGCUGCCAUUUGAUCCUGGAGUAUUUACACACAGAUAAAAAUGUGUGGAGAAAACAUAAGCUUCUUUAGGGGUAAGCACAUCUGGUGGUGCUCAGGGGCUACUCUUAGCUUUGACCUCAAGAGUCACUUCCAGCAGUGUUCAGGGGAACAUGUGGUAUUCUGGAUUGACCUCGCAGCCUGCAUGCAAAGUGUGCACUCGGCCUUUUGAGCCAUGCCUCUGGUCUCUUUUCCCUUUCUUUCCUCUUCUCUGUCUUUCGCUUUCUCUCUCUCUCUCUCUCUCUCUCUCUCUCUCUCUCUCUCUCUCUCUCUCUCUCUCUCUCUCUCUUUUCUCCCCCAACCUUUUCAACUCUCCCCCAAAACCUCAGGUCUUUUACAUGCAAGGCAUGUGCUCUAUCUACCACAGAAUGACACCCCCAGCCCCAUAAAAUAAAGUAUCAUGUUUAAGCCAUUGUC